AUGAUAAAAACAAUUGAAGAUAAAAGUGAACACAUCAAAUAUUGCUUUGACAUUAUCUGGAAAGCGACAGAAGGAAAAAUAACUUCUGCAACCUUCAAUGAUAAUCCACUAUUUUCUGUUACUUUCACAUUAAAUAAUGGGUCUUCUGAAACGGUACAUUUGGGUGCACCAAAUGUAGUCCUUAUAAAUAAAGAAAACUUUGAAAAAAUUCUGAAGCUUGACGAACAGAAUAACAAAAUUCAUAUCACAAUCGAUGAUGAUGGAUCUAGCUUUGAAGUAUUAGAGGGAGCUAGUAAUAAUCUGAAUGAACAUGAUAAUAGCACUCAAUUAAACGAAGUCCAAGGUGUUGAGGAAUCUCAAAACUACACUGAUCUGCAAUCUGACGAGUAUACAGAUUCAGAUGAAGAAAUCGAAGAACAAGUUUUUGAUGAGUUAACGUUAAGCUUGUGCCAAGAGCAUGAAAUUAUAAGAAAUGAUCCUUCUGAUUUAUCAGAAGAUUCAUUAAAAACACAAAAAUUUGGUGAUCAAUCUGAUUCCGAAGAAAUCGAACAAAAUUUUGACAAAUUAACGUCAAGGUUGAGCCUAAAGCGCAAACCUAUAAUCAGCGAAACUUUUCGAAAAAAACAAAAGGCUAAUGAAAGCACAAUAAUAAAUGUUCCUUCUGAUUUGCCUUUUGUUCUUGAUGAAGUUAGUGCACAAGAAAUGGAAUCGAGUUUUGAUGUAGAAGAAGAUGGCACUGUAGAUGGCCAGGGAGCGGAAGUAUCGCAAAUCAAUAAUAAUUUAAUUGAGGAGAGUGAAUCGACUGCCUAUAGCAAACGUCUUAAAUUGCCUUCAUAUUAUGCAGAAAGAUUGAAUGAACUAAGAAAAGGAGAAGGAAUGUCCAACAAUUUUGCAUCAAAUACAAAUGAUCUAGUGGGAAUGUGUUUACAACCAAUUGUAAAAUAUUUUAAUGAGGACUCAACAAAAGUUUUGUUGGAGCCAUUGCCAAAACAGAUGAAGGAUGUUGGCAAAGAAAUGAGCCCAAUUGCAUUAGAGAGUACUACAGAUAAUUGA